UUAAUAAAAUAAGGGUCGUCAUUUUUCUAGAGAAAGAGAGAAGGAUCGAUGAGCGUGGAGAAGACGACCAUGCCGGACGCGUGGAUUCGAGGUAUAGUGGAAGCCAUACAUUCUGCCCCUAAUCAGGCUGUGCUUUAUCUCGCCGGUGGUGCCUCUCAGGCGCUAGGAUGGUUGAUGUCAGUACCUGGAGCUUCAAAUACAGUGCUUGAAGCUGUUGUUCCUUACUCUAGAAUGUCCUUUAUUCAAUUACUUGGGAAGAUUCCCAGUCAACAUUGUAGUCAACAAACUGCAGAGGAAAUGGCUCUAUUAGCUUACAACCGUGCUCUCAAGCUUUCCAGCCCAGGUUACCCUGUUGUUGGUGUGGGUUUUACUGGUUCUUUAGCCAGCUCACGUCCGAAAUUUGGGGAUCACAGGUUUUACUUGUCAACAAGAACAUCCGAUCGACUCUCAAUAUCUACUGUUACAUUGUCUAAGGGUUUGAGAACCCGGGAGCAAGAAGAUACAGUUUCAAGUCAUCUCUUACUCAAGGCUAUUGCAAAUGCAUGCAAAGUCCAGGCAGCAUCUGUUUCUCAUUUGACUGAAUCUGACAUGUCUGAUGAACAUGAAACACACUUCAGCGAAGAUCAAGAAUUGGAACAACUUAUAGAUGGGAAAAUAUGCUUUAAGGUUUAUCCAUUUUCAAGUGAGACUUAUACAUCUACUGCUGAGAGAAAGAUAAUACUUUCUGGUUCGUUUAAUCCAUUACAUGACGGUCACGUCAAGCUUUUGGAAGUUGCUACUAGCUUUUGUGGCAAUGGAUAUCCCUGUUUUGAAAUAUCAGCAGUCAAUGCUGACAAACCUCCACUAUCAGUAUCACAAAUUAAGGACCGCAUCAAGCAAUUUGAAAAGGCUGGAAAGACAGUAAUUAUUUCCAAUCAACCUUAUUUCUAUAAGAAGGCUGAGCUUUUUCCAGGCAGUGCUUUUGUGAUUGGCGCAGACACGGUGGGAAGGCUUAUUAAUCCUAAGUAUUAUGAUGGAGACCAUGGGAAGAUGCUAGAGAUACUUGAUGGAUGCAAAAGAAUUGGGUGCACCUUCCUUGUAGGUGGCCGUAAAGUGGAUGGUGUCUUUAAGGUUCUCGAAGACUUCGACAUUCCAGAGACAUUGAAAGAUAUGUUUGUCUCAAUACCAGCUGAUAGGUUUCGCAUGGAUAUUUCCUCCACCGAAAUAAGAAAGUAGUGGAUUGUGAUCUCAUAGGCAGCAACAUCUACUGAUGACAUCCUUUGUAUGAUAAUUUUGCGCUAUGCCUAUAGAAAGUACUUUCCUAUUAUUCAUGCAUCUACUGAUUACUAGAGUUGAAAUAAAAGAAAAUUGUUAAAGAAAUGCAAAUAAAAGUCAAUACGGGUACCAAAUGCUGCUAUCAUUUUAUCUUCACUGCAUGUUUUACACUUGCAUUUGAAUCUGCGGUACCCGUGAAAUUUUUAAGUGAAUCAUUGAAACAUUAUUGAUCUUUCCUUUAUUAA